GUGAUCCUUAUUUGUGAUUUGAAACAGGUGGGCCAAAUUAGGUUUCCAUACUGAUUUGCAGCAAAGGGUGCCAAUACCGUUGACACGAAAUCCUCAGCCAUGAUCUCCUCUGGGUUGGCUGUGUCUUUUUUCCUCCUACUGCACAUCGGCGCUCAGGCUUUUGAAAUAUUGCCAGGUGACUCUCUAAACCACCAGGAAAUUACAGAGCGAGCGAUUCUGAACGCAACUCUGCAGGCAUGUCGCUCUCUGGCCCUGACUGAAGGAACCAACUUCAACUUUCCGGCUCAGCCUUUUACUGCAGAAAAUGUUGCUGCCGCCUGUGGCGCCUCACAGUCGUCGAAGACUUUCCGCCUAGCCAUCCUAUCGAUCAAGCUGAGGAACAUCCGAGUAGACAUCCGCUAUGCCUUCAAUGCAAGCUUCCACUUUGACGAGGAGAUGUUUGUUCAGGGAAAGAAAAUCAUCACAGAUGGACUGGUCGCUGUCAAAGCCAGCAACAAGAUGGAGAAUUAUGAGACUGCGAGGCAGAAACUGGGAGAAAUCAUGCAUCCUUUGCAAGAUUUUUACAGUCACAGUAAUUGGGUGGAGCUGGGGUACAGGUUCCCAAACUCUAAUCUGAUCAGAGCAGGAACCAGCAUUGGCAACAUAGCGGAUAAAAGCAGAGCCACCUGUCGCAGCUGUGACGGAGACGACUGCACCAACAACAUUCUGGAGGACAUAAUAGCUGGAAAGAUCCUGACCUCUGGGUACUUUGGGGUCAUACCUUUGGUCUCAACCAAACCAUCUGGAAAGUGCAGUCAUGGAGGACCACUUGAUCAAACUAGUAAAAUCGAGCCAAAAGGUGGAAUUAACAAGGAUUCCUUCAAAUCCAGCCAUGGAAAUCUCCACACACGAGCAGCAGACCUGGCAAUAGCUGCAACCAGUCAAAUGCUGGAAGAUAUUCGACUGGCAGCAGGAGACACAACAUUCCUGCAGAUGGUGGGAAUCUCGAGAGGAUCCAGCAGAGCUCUAUGUUUUGUCACCGACACUUCACAGAGCAUGAGUGAUGACAUUGCAGUGGUGAAAACGGUCACUAACAGCAUCAUCGACAGUAAUAAGGGAACAGAGAACGAACCAUCUCUUUACAUACUCGUACCUUUCAGCGAUCCAGGAUUUGGGCCACUGAUUCGAACAGCAGAUGACACACUUUUCAAGGAUAUUGUGAACCAUCUAACAGCUACUGGUGGAGGAGAUAACGAGGAGAUGAGUCUCUCGGGGCUGCAGUUGGCGUUAAGUAGUGCACCGUUCAACUCUGACAUCUUUCUCUUCACGGAUGCACCAGCUAAAGACAAACACUUGAAGAACACAGUGAUUGCUCUGAUAGAGCGGACCCAAACAGUGGUCAACUUUAUGAUUACAGACUCAAUAGUGACUAAUCGUCGCAAGAGGAGUAACGGCAACCAACCGCAGACAAGAAUGAUUGCAGAGUCUGAUGCUCAGCUGUAUAGAGACCUGGCUCAGGCAUCAGGGGGUCAGGCCAUUGAAGUGACAAAAGCCGAACUUCCUGCUGCUACAACUAUCAUAACCCAGUUUGCCAGAUCCUCUGUGGUGACCCUUCUUCAGGCCUCCAGGAGCCUGGGACAAACGGAUAGUUUUAACUUUAUUGUGGAUGAAACUGUCUCAAACCCGACAGUUUACAUCACCGGCAGAUCCCUGACUUUCACAAUCACAAGUCCAACAGGUGCAUCUCAGCAAAGCACCGACUCAACAGGCUCGUUGAUCACGUCCACCACGACUGUGGGAAACUUCAAAACACUGCAGUUACAAAAGCAAGUUGGACAAUGGGGUAUAAGAAUAGAGUCGGAUAACCCCUACACCCUGAGAGUCAUUGGCCAGAGUCCUGUCGACUUCUUGUUUGACUUCGUUGAGCCUUCUGAGGGUCCCUUCGGAGGAUUUGAUUCUCUUGACACGCGUCCCAGAGCAGGUGUCAAUGGCAGGUUGUUAGUGUCUAUAACAGGAAGUGACUCUGCAACUGUGACAGAGGUUGCUCUGGUGCAAUCAUCAAAGGGGUCGGAGGAGACUCUGGGAGUUGUUGAGUCACAGGGGGACGGGAACUUUUUGGUCCAGGUCGAUGUGAUGCCAGUGGUGGAGUUUGUGGUUAGAGUAAAGGGAAGAGUUCAAGGCUCUUCAAAUGACUUUCAAAGACAGUCGCCCACUAACUUCAGAGCUUCCAAUCUGACUCUUACAGCCGAUUCAGAAAACAUCUUCAUACCAGGCACACUGCUCUCUGUACCCUUCACUGUGGCGUCAAACGGACCAGACGGAAACGUAACCAUCCGAGCCUCUAACAGCGGAGGUUUCGAAUCAACGUAUCCAACCAUUUUGUUCUUGGAAGGUGGGAACAGCACUAAUGGCACCGUGACCCUGUCAGACCCAAAGAACACCCCGUCUGGUUCUGACGUCAUCCUGACUAUCGAGGCCGAGUCUCCCGAUGGAACUGACUCCAACUACAUCAUGCUGCGCUUCUCCAUAAUAAACUCGUUUAAUGAUUUCACCCACCCUGAGUGUGAGCUGCUAAACCGGGAGUCCAACUGCACUGAAAACUGCAGCCUGACUGCGUGGGAGAUCUACGUCAGGGUGACCGACAGUGAGGCGGGUGUCGACCGCGUCGACCUCAUACAGGGCAACGGCACCUUCAACACUAGCCUGGAAGCUGGAAACGCGGGCAUAACACUGGUGUCCUACGCUGCCUCAUGCUGUGCGCCUGAAAUGGAAAUGCUGGUUGUGGACCGGGUCGGUAAUGUCGGCACGUGCCGGUUCACGGCCCGGGACUCGGUGUCCAUCGGAGUCUCUCAGUCCCUCUUUCUGUGCCUCAGCAUAGUGGCUUUAGGACACUUUAUAUUUAAAUUAAGUGAGCACUGAAAGAUACUAAACAAUUGCAAGCAUUUAUAUAUUUUUCAAUGUUACAUUUUUUUUGUUUUUAAUCAAGUUUCCUUUCUUGUAAUAUAACUUAUUAAACAUGUGAAAA